AUGGCCGCUAUGGCAGACCGGCACCUCAUCCCCUACCUAUUCGUUUUGCUCGUUGCACCCACCCAUGUUUUGGGCCAGCGAGAGGCUAAUUUGUUUGUUACCGACACACAUGACCUUCUGAGCAACGUAUCUGCAGAAGCCUUCGAGGCUGGGCCUGUGGCACCUUUGAUUCAGAGAUCAACUCAUGACGAAAGCAUAUCGGAGGCUGCUGUCCGACCGGCACUCUCUGUUGUCAAUAUGGUUUCUGCCUGCGACCUGGUUACACAUGCUGUCCAAACCAGCCUUGCCCGCCGAAUGAGGUGUGCUGUGAUGGAGGAUGCUAUCCGAAAGGCGGCCAAUGCUGUGACAACGGUCGCUACUGUAGUCCUGGGAACCACUGUGGAAAGAGCUGGUGGCAGAUAA